AUGGCCUCUCUGAAAUUCUUGUUAUUUGUAGUUUUUAUUAUUGCUUUCUUCUCCUCAGUCACUGCUAUUGAGAUGCAGAAUACUGAAGAGAUCUUUAACAAUGCUCAAGAACCAUCUGUAGUUGAUGGUAAACAAGGAGUGGUCAAAUCUGAAGACAGUACCCCACCUGAAAUUGCCCUAGAGGGUGAAGCACUUCUCAAAGAAUGUGCUAAUAAAUUCAUCAAAAGUUGUGAAGAGUUAACUCAUUGCAGACAAGUUGUCUGUCCGAGUGAUACCCUUCAGGAGUACGCCUGUCUUCCAAGAGGUCACCAGUACUUGCCAUUAAAAACAUCUGUGUGUAAUGGAGAGUUCACUAUAACGCCAGAAAGCCCGAAAAUUAUUGACGAGACAAUCAAGGAGAACCCAAGAUCCGGAUUUGGACUGCUAUUGAUCUUCCCCAUCUUGAUAGCAAUGCUAUUCUACAUCUUUGACAAGGUUACUUCCGAAUCAGGCCAGACUUUUGUAUACGAAGAUCUUGAAUACAACCCAAUGACUUACUUGAAGAAGCCAGAAUGUGACGAUUACUAUGCCCUUGAUGAGACAGUCGAUUCCUUGAACUCAAGGCUUAUAUAUUAGGCAGAUUAGAUUUUAUCCAGAUGGCAAGGCUAACCCC